UAAGGACUGGGGAGCAGUCUUAGCCGAGCUGCCGCGCUUGACCUUGACGGUUGCGCUUUACCGGCAUCUGGCCGGCUGCCAGGCAACAGCGCGCCGCCCCGCGGGUCUGCGGCUACGGCACCGCCACUCCCUCCUCCCUCCAGCGCAGGCGGGCGCUGGAUCCCAGGUUGAUCCAGGCCGGGUUUUGCGGCGAAGUCCGCGCGUGCUGAUUCCUCAUCGGUUGCCCUCGGCAGCGGUUGGCGGCGGGAGACCAUGGUGCUGGAUGAACUCUGGGCCGCGCUCUCCGGGCCCUCCGGGGCUACCCUGGCUUGCUUCUUGGUGGCGGCGGCCUUGGCCCUGCACUGGUCCAGUCACCGGACGGCGCGGGGCGCGGCGGCCCGGGCACGACAGAGGCAGCAAGCGGCCCUGGAGACCAUGGACAAGGCGGCGCAGCGCUUCCGUCUCCAGAACCCUGACCUGGACUCGGAGGCACUGCUGGCCCUACCUCUGCCUCAACUGGUACAGAAACUACACGGUGGGGAGCUGUCUCCGGAGGCUUCACUCUUCACCUACUUGGGAAAGGCCUGGGAAGUGAACAAAGGGACUAACUGUGUGACUACCUACCUGGCAGACUGUGAGACUCAGCUGUGCCAGGUCCCAAGGCAGGGCCUGCUCUACGGCGUCCCUGUGAGCCUCAAGGAGUGCUUCAGCUACAAGGGCCAGGACUCGACACUGGGCUUGAGCCUGAACGAGGGGGCGCCAGCAGAGUGUGACAGCGUGGUGGUGCAGGUGCUGAAGCGGCAGGGAGCCUUGCCCUUCGUGUACACCAAUGUCCCCCAGUCCAUGUUCAGCUAUGACUGUGGUAACCCCCUCUUUGGCCAGACCGUGAACCCGUGGAAGUCUUCCAAGAGCCCAGGUGGCUCCUCAGGGGGUGAGGGGGCCCUCAUUGCGGCUGGGGGCUCCCCACUGGGCUUAGGCACCGACAUCGGAGGAAGCAUCCGCUUUCCCUCUGCCUUCUGUGGCAUCUGCGGCCUCAAACCCACAGGGAACCGCAUCAGCAAGAGUGGCCUGAAGGGCUGUGUCUAUGGACAGGUAGCAGUACAGCUCUCAGUCGGCCCCAUGGCCCGGGACGUGGAGAGCCUGGCGCUCUGCCUGCGAGCGCUGCUGUGUGAGGACAUGUUCCACCUGGACCCCACCGUACCCCCCUUGCCCUUCAGGGAGGAGGUCUACACAAGCUCUCAGCCCCUGCGUGUGGGGUAUUAUGAGACUGACAACUAUACCAUGCCCACCCCGGCCAUGACACGGGCCCUGCUGGAGACCAAGAAGAGACUCGAAGCUGCUGGCCACACGUCCCUGCAGCUGGUUCCCUUCCUGCCAAGCAACAUACCCCAUGCUCUGGAGACCCUGUCGACGGGUGGGCUGUUCAGUGACGGUGGCAAGAGCUUCCUACAGAACUUCAAAGGUGAUUUCGUGGACCCCUGCUUGGGAGACCUGAUCUCAAUUCUGAGGCUGCCCAGAUGGCUUAAAGGACUGCUGGCUUUCAUGCUGAGGCCUCUGCUCCCAAGGUUGUCAGCCUUUCUCAACAGCAUGAAAUCUCGGUCAGCUGGAAAGCUCUGGGAACUGCACCACGAGAUUGAGGUGUACCGUCACUCUGUGAUUGCCCAGUGGAGAGCAGUGGAGCUGGAUGUGCUGCUCACCCCCAUGCUGGGCCCUGCUCUAGACUUGAAUGGCCCAGGCAAGGCCACAGGGGCCGUCAGCUAUACUCUGCUCUACAACUGCCUGGACUUCCCUGCGGGGGUAGUGCCUGUCACCACGGUGACCGCCGAGGACGAGGCCCAGAUGGAGCAUUACAAGGGCUACUUUGGGGAUAUCUGGGACAAGACGCUGCAGAAGGCCGUGAAGAAGAGCGUGGGCCUGCCUGUGGCUGUGCAGUGCGUGGCUCUGCCCUGGCAGGAAGAGCUGUGUCUGCGGUUCAUGCGGGAGGUGGAGCGACUGAUGGCCCCUGAGAGGCAGCCAUGCUGACUACCGCCGCCUGGCCCUAGAGGGCCUGAGACCCACUGGAGCCACGCCCAGCGUAGUCAGGGCACAGCUGCCACCCUGGAGGAAGUGUUCAGCCUGGGGCAGAGGCUUCCAAGUCCCUCCCCCUCGCCCCUGCAAGAAGCCCAAACCCGCUGAGUCUGGACCUCGCUCCCUCCCCCGUUCCCCUCCCUGCCCUGACACCCCCAACGUGGCAGCCAGUGGGCAUGACAUGGGCGAAGGCCCACUAACUGUCAAGAAUCGGUUCCUGGUCUGUGUCCUUUCUGGAAGUCAUCGUUAGGGCACUGGGGGUUGGAGACCCGACCUUCUAGAACCUGACUCCAGCCACGUCAGUCUCCUGCUCCAAAACCUCCUCUGGUUCCUGUCACUCGCAGGAUGGACACAGGCUUCUCAGGAUGGGCGAUGCAGCCCCAGCACUUCACACCCACCCUUCCCACCCCACUUAGACUAAGCCCUACUUUGUUAGACACUGUCUUAUCUUUUCUCCUUGCCUCUGCUGGGAAUGCCCUUUCUGCUCCCCUACCAUUAAAUCCUCUGAGGCCCAGCUCAGAUCCCUCUUUCUCCUUCUGA